AUGAACGAACAAACAGACAGCAACAUUAAUCAGCAACCCAGUAUCCUACAAGCAAUUGAUACUCCUACCAACUCAAGAAUGCGGGCUAAGAAAAUUCACAUGAGCAGCAACAGAAUGGUAAGAAACUAUGUUAUAAUUGUGGGGAAAAUUAUUAUUUUGAAAUAUGACAAAAUUGUGAUUUAGAUUUAAUUUUUUAAAGAGAGGUUAUUUGUUAGACGACAAAAAUUGUACCAUGAGCAAUUUUCUAAGAGUUGAAAAUUGUUCACAAAAAUUACGUCAUAACCGGUUGCUAUGGUAACAAUGACAUUUCAAUAUGGCCAACAUUUUACCUUUUAACACAUUUUACUCGACAAAAAAGCACUGUUACCCCCAUUUUUUAUUUCGUUAAACGUUUCCAUUCAGAAAAAUAAAUUAUGUGAACAAGUUUAAAAAAAUUCUGUAGAUCUAAAAAAUAUUUAUCACAAAAAAUCAGGUUUUUAAAUUUUUUUAAACUUGUUCAUAUCAUUCAUUUUUCUAAAUGAAAACGUUUCACAAAAUAAAAAAUGGGGGUAACCGGCCUUUUUUCGAUUAAAAUGUGUUAAAAGGUAAAAUGUCGGCCAUAUUGAAAUAUCAUUGUUACCAUAGCAACGUUAAUGACGUCAUUUUUGUAAACAAUUUUCAACUCUUAGAAGAUUGCUCAAUAUAUGUGGUACAAUUUUUGUCUUCUAACAAGAAACCUCUCUUCAAAAAAUUAAAUCUAAAUCACGAUUUUGUCAUAUUUCAAAAACUGUAUUGAGCCACCUUAAUUGUACUGAAAAGCAAUCAAAUUCUUCUGAUGAACAUUCGUAUGUUUUUGUUGUUACCCCACCAGUAGAAAACGAGAUUUCCCCAAAUCCACAAGCAGUUAAAACCAUUCCAGUUAUUAUUGAAAGGGCUCAUGUUAAAAUGAUUGUUGAAAUUCCUAAGAACCAUCAACCAGAUUCACCAAUCAUGUCAAAGUUUAAAAAGGAAUGCCCGAGAGGCUUUAACGGCAUUGGAAAGCUGAAGGGUCAUGAAGUACACCUACACCUUAAUGAUAACGUUAAACCUAUUGUGCAAAAACCCCGAAAGAUACCCUUUCAUCUCCGUAAACAGACAGAAAAUAAACUGAAAUAACUAGAGGAAAGUGAUAGUAUUGAAUUUGUUCCAUCAGGGACACCUACACCUUUUGUAUCAAAUCUUGUUGUUGCACCCUAAUAAUCCAGCUGAAGUCAGAGUAUGUAUAGACAUGCGACAUAUGAACUCAAUGAUAGAGCGAGAAGGACAUGUUAUCCCUAAUAUUGAGGAACUCUUUGAGGACAUGGCUGGUGCUACAAUGUUUUCAAAAGUGGACUUGACAGCCGCGUUUCACCAGUUACUUCUUGAUGAGAAGUCACAAUCUCUUACCACAUUUCACACCCACAAAGGUCUUAUGCAAUAUAAACGUUUAUGUGUCGGAGUAAAUUCAGCACCAGAGCAAUUCCAAUAUGUUAUUCAACAAACACUCCAUUGA